CACAGGUUUGGCACCAGGACCCCAGACCUCCUUGUCGGAAAACUGGGGUCCAUAGGUGCGCUUGCUCCAGCAUGCGGGCAUUGGCUGCCCUCCUCGGGCUUGCCAUUUCCCAAGGGAAGGCAAUAUCCUCUCGGCGGGCAGUGCCGGGACUGCUCCGUAGCGGCUCUGGGCAGAACCCCUUCUCGUGGAUGAUGAUCGCCUCAGCCCGCCAGCUGCUUGCCUGGGCUCAGAGGGGAGGCGACGAAACGCGCACCCUGCCCACAUCGGUGUCCCUGCGCUGUCACCCCAGUCACCUUCCUUUGCCCUUCUCAAGCAGCACCUCGGACUGACACCCUCCCGCUCUCGGAAAAAACUGAGGAAAAGAGCCAGCGGGGACUGUUAGGACGUUACCAGAACCCUCAACAGCCUGGAAAUCCUGUCAGCUUGAUUCCCUGAGACUUGGAGUAGGAACUGACAGCUGGCUGACAGAAAACUCAUCCAGGGAGAGAAUAGGCAUAAGUGAAGUAUGAAAUUUUGAAUAACGUUUUCAGUAUUGAUUCUGACUUCUGAAGAUGGAUGAAGGUAUAGAACUUUCUAGUGAUGGAAAUUCCCUGAUCAAAGCGGUCCAUCAGAGCCGGCUUCGCCUUACAAGACUCUUGCUGGAAGGUGGCGCCUACAUUAAUGAGAGCAAUGAUCGUGGGGAAACACCUUUAAUGAUUGCUUGUAAGACCAAACAUGUUGAUCACCAGGGUGUCAGUAAAGCCAAAAUGGUUAAAUACCUGUUAGAAAACAAUGCUGAUCCCAACAUACAGGACAAAUCUGGGAAAACUGCUUUGAUGCACGCUUGCUUAGAAAAAGCAGGUCCUGAAGUUGUUUCUUUGCUCCUAAAGAGUGGGGCUGACCUCAGCUUGCAAGACCAUUCUAGUUACUCGGCCCUUGUUUAUGCCAUAAAUUCAGAAGACAGAGAGACCCUGAAAGUUUUACUUAGUGCUUGCAAGGCAAAAGGGAAAGAGGUCAUUAUCAUAACAACAGCAAAAUCGCCCUCUGGCAGGCACACGACCCAACAGUACUUAAAUAUGCCUCCUGCGGAUAUAGAUGGGGGUCAUUCCCCAGCCACCUGUGCCACUCCUUCAAAAAUAGACUUAAAAACAGUCUCAUUGUCACGUUCACAUUCUUCUGAAACUGAAAUGACGCUUUUUGGCUUUAAAGAUCUGGAGCCCUCAGGAAGCACUGAUGAUAUGGGAGACCCAGUCUCCCCUGUGAGGAAGCCUGGUAUGGCUCCUAACGGGCCCAAGCUACCUCAGGCUUCACCCUGGAUCAAGAGUCCCCCCUCAUUAAUGCACCAGAACAGAGUGGCCUCCUUACAAGAAGAGCUCCAGGAUAUUACUCCAGAGGAAGAAUUAUCCUACAAAAUCAAUGGGCUGGCACUUUCCAAGCGAUUCAUCACUAGGCACCAAAGUAUUGAUGUAAAAGACACUGCACAUCUGCUAAGAGCCUUUGAUCAGACCAGCUCAAGAAAGAUGUCAUACGAUGAAAUAAAUUACCAAGCAUUUUUUUCAGAAGGAAGUCAGCAAUGCACUGACAUCCCAGUUGACCAGGACCCAGACUCUAACCAGACAAUAUGUGCUUCCACAUUAAGAAAUAUAGUUCAGAAAAGAAACUCAGGAGCAAAUCACUACAGCUCUGAUUCCCAGCUGUCAGCCGGUCUUACCCCUACAACUUUAGAAGAUGGCAAAGCACUUACAGGAAAGAAAAAAAUCCUGUCGACAUCUCCUUCCUUGUUGUCAGGGUCCAAAGAAUUGUUGGAGAGUACCCCCCCAGGCCCCCUGAGCAGGAGAAAUCAUGCGCUUUUAGAAAGGCGUGGUUCUGGGGCAUUUCCUUUAGAUCACAACAUUACACAGACCAGACCAGGAUUUCUGCCACCCUUAAAUGUGAAUCCUCACCCUCCCAUCUCAGAUAUCAAUGUCAGUAACAAGAUAUCCAGCCUUCUUUCUUGUGGUCAAAAAGUGCUUAUGCCAACAGUUCCUGUUUUCCCCAAAGAAUUCAAAAGUAAAAAAACAUUGCUAAGGAGACAAUCAUUGCAAACAGAACAAAUUAAGCAACUAGUUAAUUUUUAAGAGAUGGCUAGAAAAUACAUUUUGUUCAAAUGUCUAUAUCAGAGAAAAAUGGAACUAGAGAAGACAAUUCAAAUGUUCAUCCUUCUAAACUUAUAAUUGGUUAGUCCACAAUAGGGGUAUCAAAAUCUACCAUGUAUCAUCGUAUUAGGCACUGUGGAUCUACAAAUAAUAUAUAGUUUUUGCUAAGGGAAUUCUCUCAAACAAAAUUAAAGCUAUUUUUCUAAAAACGUUCAAUAUCUAGCAACAUCAUGUGGUCCAUAUUUUUAAUUUAAACAAAAAUAAGCAAGGAAAGAAGGUCACAUAUGUUGGAGAUAACUUCAAAAAUUUCAUUUGCCAAAUGUUUUAUUAGGAAACAUUGCAUUCAAAUCAAUAGUUUUUAAAAAACAUUUCAAGUCAAUAAAUAAGAUUAUAACUUUCCACGAUGCCAACCCCAUAGAAGAAAACAUUAACAGCUAUAGUGUCCCGUGAUCAAUAAACCUAAGCUAUAAAGAAAGAAUGAACUAAUUCUUGAAAAAUGUUGACUGCAGGUAGGUGACAUCUAAUUAAAAUUUUAAAAGGUCAACCAUUAUAGUAGACCAUGCAGCUAAUAUUCAUGUUGUCAGCUUAAUCAGUGUCAAAAUGGGAGAUUAGAGUUUUAUAAACUAGUAAUAAUCUAUGACAAAUGUUUGUGUGCUAUUAGUUGCUUUGCUUUGUUUUUUAAUGUUAUCUUAUGGAAUUACUUCUCUAUAUCUUUUAAUUCCUGUUAUUGUUUUUUGAACACAGGUUCCCAAUAACAAGAUAAAUCAAAAGUUAAAAAGCAUUCCUAAUUUACUUAUAUCUAACUAUUCUUGUCUUUCCUAAGGACACCAAAAAAAAAAAAAAAAAGUUUGGGAUUAAUCACAAAUAGAAAUUAACUGCUUGCUUUGUCGUAAAAAGAAAAACUGGUUAUUAGAUUAUCUUAGGUUAGCUACAAUUAAGAAAGCCAAUAGAAAUUUAAUUACAAAAUGUACUAAAUAUUUGGCCAAUAUUACACAAUACCUUUUUAUUUCUGAUAUAUAAUUGUUAGACAUUUGUAUAAUUAGGGUAAUAAGGAUAACUACCUUAAUGUGACAUUCCAAUCGUCUAGUGUUUAGGACCUGUGAAUAACUUGUAACAAAAUAAAUGAAUACCGUGCCAUUACCAAAAAGUAUUAUAAAAUGACUAUAUUAUCUAUAUGAUUUCAAAAUAUGGUGUUUAUACAGAGUCCUUAUUUCAAUCUAGCAGUUUAACAAUAAAGAUAAAUCAAACUACAGAAAACCAUACAAACUAUACAAAACCUGAGUAUAUAAUUUGAUGACUGUCAUACACAACUAUUUCUCUGUCUUCUAUCAGUAGAGGAGAUCCUAGCAAUUGGCAUGAUGCUUUUCUCUGUAACUUGAUAUAAGCAAGUUGUUAUAUACAUAGUAAUUAUUUAAUUUCUUGUGGCUUUUAUUUGAAAAAAAUAACUGGAAGUUUUUCAUUUAAUGUUUCAAAGAACACUAAUACUAAUUGCACUAGAAGUAUUUUUUGACUCAGAACUUGGAAUUGUACCUGAUGUUAAAAAGUUAAACCCUUUUUGCAAGUUUUAAUAUUGAGGAAAGUUCUUGGCUUUAAGUUGUAAGGCUACAGUUUGGAAGAAUAUGUAGCUAGACAGUUCAUAAAUAAAAUGGUAUCAAUAAAGA